GCCUUUCGCGCCCGCGUGCUCUAGUUGCCACAGCAACCAGCUCUUGGCCUACGCCCUGCUCCGUGAAUAAAAACUACGCAGCCAAGCACACUGAGUCCGGCCCUGCGUCAACAGCAAUCUGCUGGUGCUACUGUUCCUGCAAUGUUGAUAAAAGGAGGGCUGUGAUGCCAUGGAGACACUAUAUUCCCAGCCCUCCCUGGUGUCUGAAUCCCCUUCAGGGCCCUAUAUAUAGUUAAAUUACUCCAACUCCGCCUUUCCAAUCUGUAAGAGAAGGGGAGGAAGGGAACUGUUGCAAGCCUGUUGCUAUGGCCACGCAGCAGCAGACUGAGCUGUUUAUGUAGCUGGGAUCCUGCUGCAUCAGCUGCUGCACGAAUUUAAUUGAAUUUGAAGGAUGAAGUCCAACCUAAUGCAUUUGAUUCCCCCGGUGAGUAGGGACAGAAUAAUCUCCCGGUUUCCCAAGUGGUACACACCUGAGGCCUGUCUGCAGUUCAAAGAGCACUUCCAUGCACAGGUCAGGGCUGCUUGUCAGCAGAGCACUGCAACAGUUGGGCUGAAAAUAUCCAAAGUGGUUGUGGUAGGAGACCUGUAUGUUGGGAAAACCAGCCUUAUCAACAGAUUUUGUAAAGAUAAUUUUGACCGAGACUACAAGGCGACCAUUGGAGUGGAUUUUGAAAUUGAACGUUUUGAAAUAAUUGGAAUGCCAUAUAAUCUCCAGAUAUGGGACACAGCAGGUCAGGAAAAGUUCAAGUGCAUUACAUCUGCUUACUACCGAGGAGCAGAGGUUAUAAUAACAGUGUUUGAUCUGGCCGAUAUCCAGACUUUGGAUCACACCAAACAGUGGCUAGAAGAUGCAUUGAGGGAGAAUGAGCCAGAUUCCAGCUUCAUCUUUCUAGUUGGAACAAAAAAAGAUUUGGUGUCAGAUGCUGUGUGUGAAAGGACAGAGCUAGAUGCCAUCCGCUUUGCCAAUGAGAUGCAAGCAGAAUACUGGUCUGUUUCAGCUAAAACAGGGGAAAAUGUCAAAGAGUUCUUUUCCCGAGUUGCUGCCUUGGCCUUUGAACAGUCCAUGAUAAAGGAACUGGAGAAAACUGCUGGACACAUGGCCCAAAUUGGGGCAGGAAACCUCAUCAAAAUGGAAAAGAACAUGAUGGAAAUCCCAGAAGGCAAAACUCAAGUCAGCCUGGGUUGCUGCUAACUGUCAACAGUUUCUGCAAGCGCCAUGCUUCUCUGUAGUCCAACAUAGAGCACCUGCAACAAUAAAAGCUCUCAAACCAGAAAGUUUUAUUUUUGGAAAUGAGGGAGGAAAAAUUUAUCCAAACUUUCUUUUUGUGAGUUCCCUUGCUGCUGCAGGCUCACUUGUGCAGGAUGGUACAACUGUUAAAUAAACCUUUCUCUGUGUAGUGGAAACAUAACAUCCUUGCCUUAAUACAAGAAGGCAUUGCCAGUGCCAUGUGCUCACCUGUCUGCCAGAAACACUUGUAGUCAAAAGUUAUGUAACUUUCAUGUGUUGUUUUUUCAUCAUUCUCUAGAAGUCUUAGAUAGUGAAGUUGCGUUCUCAUAGGAGCAGAAAACAAAUGGCAGUUCAGAAUAAAAGGUGCUAUCCAUAUGUUUCUGCCUUUUAAGAUAAUGGUAUAAAAUAACUCUGACUUGCUUUUAUGGAUUCCAAAUAUAUUAAAACUGUUUCAAAAGAAAUCUUUUUACAUAACAGGUAUGGAAGUACACAAAUGCAGACUGCAUAGUUUCCACUGUGGUUUCCUCAUCCAGGAAAAAUCUGUAUUAUUUUUCAUUUUCCACUUGAGAACCAGAGCCCAGUAUUUAAGUAUUUCCAAGUCUAGGAGAAGUCCAGGUAGGAACUUUGUUGUUUUAUCCUAGCUGUCUAAUAUUUUUAAAAUCUUACCAGAUAAGAAUGCUAUUCUUUUCCACUCUCUUGAAUAAGAAAGAAUGGUCACAUAGGUGCAUGACAUGGAAUACAUGAAAUCUAAUUUUUCUGUCUUCCAAAGAGAAUCCUUCUCUGGAUUGAUCUUCAUGAAUAUUGUCUAUACUGCAGUUCUACUUUGUUGCUAAGAGUAAUUUUUUCAUUUUAUUCUAACUGCAUUUUUUUGUUUGUAGUAAUGUACCAUGAUUCUGGAACCACCUGCAGUCUCAGUCAUGAACUUGUUCAUCCCUGUCUGUGGUAGAAACUCUGAGGUGAUAAGGUUAGAUUCGAUACUGCUACUAAACUCUUAGUCACUCUAUCUGCUUUUACUGGAUAAGAUAAUUUGAUCACUAGAUGGUGGCAGCAAUUUGAUCCACUGCUUAAUAAAAGCAGUAAUGGCAAAGAAAUAAUUUUGCUAUUUUGUGAAAAGACUUGUGAGUGUGUGGGGGAUGCGAAAAGAUGGAGUUCUCCAAAGCAGACACAUGCUUGUUAAGCCCUAAGGUACUUGCCAUAUGAAGGUGUCAUUACUGAAUGCUUAUGGUAGAACCUGCUCUCUGGACAUGUUGCUGUGGCUUGGUGUGCUGGCUGGAUCAAAAAACCGUUGCCCCGGUUUUGCCUUUUCAAAUAUCUUUUGACAUAACCUUGUGCAAUUAGUUCUUUAGAAACUACAAUCAUUGUUUAAUGGGGAGAGAUUAGCUCUGGGUACCACUGAAUUUCAUCGAAGUAAAGCAGCUUUGCAAUGCUCUUCUGCUCUUUGGGCAACAAUGACUGAUGCCAAAAGAUAUUCCUGUUUUAAAAGUCAUUCCUGCUGACAAAUGACAUUGCCAGAAAUUUGAAUGACAAAUAAUGUUGCCAGAAAUUACUAUAGCAAAUAUUUGGUCAUUUUGUGAAAUUGUAUUAGUAUGAUUGAGUAUGAUAAUUAGGUUUAAACUGCGAAAGUACAAAAAAAUGAAAGGGAAAUACACUAAUUUUAUUUCCCUCUAAUUUUUCCAGUAUCUCACUGAAUUUUAAUAUUCAGUUCUGAGUAUCUAGUUAGUGAUAUUUCUCUGAAGAUAAAUGAGAUGCUGUAAAUCUUUUGCUUGCACUAAACCAUACAAAUUUAUGGUCCUUCAAAACUACUAUAAGCACUCAAAUGAAAGAAUUACCAAUGCAAUCAAAGUGGGACAACAGAAAGACUGCUUCUCUACAAAUCUAUCAGCAGCUUAUAACUCCAUACUUCUAAGAUUCAAGUCCAACAUUAUGUGCUAUGCUGGCAUAAAAAAAAAAAAAAAGAACAUCUUCUAUAAUGCUCUAAAUUUCAUACUGCAAUUAUUUUAAAUAGAGAGAAAGAAGAAAACCUAUGGGCAGUUACAAGUUACAUUUUCUUAAGAUACUCAUUCAGUCAUUACAGAAAAAACAGUAUCUGGAAAACUGAUUGUAACAGGAUCUUUCAGAUUUGAGCUGCUGAGAAAAAAAAAACCAUUUCUUAAUAAAUCUAUGUAUCAAACUGCAAAUAUUCUAGAUUCUCUGCCAUUCCCCCUGCCCCAAACUGUUUGAUAAGAAAUAGGAAAAAGUAGAGAAAAGAUGACUAAAACACCCUUUUUAUUACUUUUAUUUUCUUAUGAUAUAAGUUAGAGCAGCUUCAUAGAAUAUGAUGAAUAGAGAUCUAGGAACUCUGUGUCUUUUUUUAUCGGACAAUCUUCACUUUGGCAAUUGUACUGAUUCUGUUGGCAAAGAUGCAAAUGUAGCAUUUGGUGGAGAAAAUGAAUAUGUGUGGGUAGGUAGGGAGUUAUUUAUCCAAAUGUGUAAUAUUUUGACCUUAUGAUGUUCUAUGUAUUUGUUCAUCUCAAAUCUGUUUCACAAGGAUGACGAAUAUACACUCCACUUGUACCAUGUGCUGCACUGAGUGGGCAGCAUAGCCAUGGUCUUCAUGUUUACUGAGUUUGAAUGAGAGUAGAAAAGAUGGUUCACUCUACUGCAGCAAAUCAUGUUGUCUAGGCUAGGUGCUAGGUUUCUCUGCAGACAUAUUGGUGUUAGCAGCUGCAAAAUGACUCAUAACAAAUCUACGAAAAGAUUCCACUCCCAUCCCGUCCUGUCCCCCCUCAAAUAUAUAUCUCGUAAGUGUUUAUUUCAUUGCUGAGCUCAAUUGUACAAAAUCACAGAGAUGCAAUCUCUUCAACAAUGCAAUCAUGUUCCUUGGAAAAUCAACUGGGACAGUUUUUUCUAGUGAUUCAGUACAUUGCUUGAUGUCAUUACUGGUUUGUAUCUUCUGGAGCUCCAAAAACUUCACAUACAAAUGCAGUACUCAGUCAUUAACUAUCACUUGACAAUGGUCUGACUCCAUCUAUUCUAUGGUGGAUGCUUUGAGACUGGGUUUUUUUUUGGUUGGUGGGGGUAUUUUUUGCUUUUUUUUUCUUUGGUUUGUUGGUUUUGGGGAGUGUUUUUUAGCCCCACUGAGACUUCCCCUGCAAAGAACUUAGGAUUCAUAAUUGAUCAUCUAAAAUUAAUCUUGGAUCAUGUUGCAAAUGAUGAAUUGCUUAGGAAAGAACAAAGGAAACUAACUUUGGUGGGAAAAUAAAUGUAAAUUUGCAAGUUCUUAAA